GCUCCGCCUCCCCGUGCCCGCCCAGUCUUGCUCCGGCACUUGUAGAGGUCGGACCCUUACCGCCCUCGUCCCGCGCCGCCGCGUCACUCGUUUGCCUGCCGAGUUUCCCCAGGGACUUUCAGAUCCUUUUAAAGCGAGUGCCAAGCUCGAGAGAGACCGAUAAUAGAUGACGCAGCCAUCGGUGAGGUGCCCGAGGAGAGGUCGUGCGCUCAGACCCCGCGGCCGCGUAAGCCCCGAGCGAACGCAAGACGCGGCGCAGUCGUCCUAAGGAAGGCGUUUUUUGCGUGUGCGUGAUCGACGGGAAGGGAGUCGAGUCGAGCGGCCUGACCUUUGACCUCGCAUUACGGGACUUAAGGAGUGUGUAAAGAGGAAAGUCCGUGAGUGUUUGCGCGUCGUUAAGCGCAGGAUGGAUCCCCCGCCUUGAAUCAGCGCGCCUGCAAGCACACGCCGAUGAUGUGAAAAGGCGGGUGAAGCGAAGAGAGGAGGAGGAGUGGAGGAGGUGGAGAAGAUUAGGAAGGAAAGGGGUAGACGGAAUGUGAGAAAGAGAAAAGGAAAAAUAGAUAAAAGAACUCUAUCAAUAUGUAACACAGGAAAGAGGUGAAUAGAUGAAAAUGAAAGAAAUGAGAUAGACCAGAACAGGAUGUGAGACAACAGAAGGGCGGGAAAAUUAAUAAAACAGCGAAAAUCAGACGAAAAAAAAGAAGAAAGAUAAAGAGAGAGAGGGAGAGGGACACACUCUCCUCCCUCUUCCGCAGUGGCACCACCUCCAACAUGGUCAACGUGCGGUGCCUCGCGUGCCAGGUCAAAUACCGAAUUUUGGCCGCCAAGAACACCAACCUGCUGGACUGCCAUGUGCCCGUGCCAGUGUCCCCGGAGCCGCGCUUCCCGUACAGGGCGCCCAAGCUCAGGAAACCACGCUCCUACAAUAGGACUUACGUCCGGGAGAACAGCGCCGCCCACAAGGAGAAUGCCCGCCCGCUCCCCACGUCCCCGCCCACGACGCCCGUGUCCCCGCUGUCGCCGCCCACGCCCCAGGGCUCGGUCAGCACCACCUCGGCCACCAUUACACCCGGGGUCGCCCACAACGCCCACCCCGCCCCCGGCUCCCCCGUGGGCGUCGUGCCCUCGGCCCCCGCGCCCCUGCAGUCCCCGAGGGCCACCAACACCAUCCGCCGCCACACCAAGGCCACCAAGAACCUCCUCAUACCCAGAUUCUAUUACCCUAUGGGCCGCCCCACAACCCAGGUGUCCCAGGAGCAGUCAAUAUCACGGGUCAACGCUGUGUUCCGAGAGAAUGGAGGUCAGAUAACACGGGACAACAUGGAGCCACUGAUAAGGGCUUGUCAAGUCCCACUCUACUGGAAGGCUCCUCUCUUCAUUGCUGCUGGUGGAGACAAGCUGGGCUACCUCACACAGGAGCAGUUCUCAGACUAUUGGAGCAGAGUGAUCUCUACCUGCCACGACAUGGCCUCUCGCUUUGUCCGAGUGCUGAGUCGUGGUGUUCGGAACUACCUCAUGCCAGAGGACUUUCUUAGCAUGAUUCAGGAUGUGGUGGACACCCACCCUGGCCUCACCUUCCUCAAGGAAGCCACUGAGUUCCACUCCAGAUAUGUUCAUACAGUCAUAGCAAGAAUAUAUUAUUGUGUAAAUAGAUCCUGGUCAGGUAGAAUAACAGUUCCAGAACUUAGGAGAUCAAACUUGUUACAAGUUAUUAGCUAUUUAGAGGAAGAAGAAGAUAUUAACCAAAUCACUGAUUACUUCAGCUAUGAGCAUUUUUAUGUUAUUUAUUGCAAGUUCUGGGAAUUGGACACGGAUCAUGACCUUUUCAUUGACAAGCAUGAUCUUGCAAAACAUAAUGAAAGAGCGCUGUCAUGGCGCAUGAUUGAGCGAAUAUUCAGCGGGGCAGUUACCAGAGGAAGGCUGCAGAAACAGGACCGCAUGGGCUACCAGGAGUUUGUGUGGUUCCUGAUAUCCGAGGAGGAUAAACGGCAUCCCACAGCCAUUGAAUAUUGGUUCAGGUGCAUGGACUUGGAUGGUGAUGGCUAUCUGUCCAUGUAUGAGUUAGAAUACUUCUAUGAAGAGCAGCUGCAGCGCAUGGAGGCCCUCGGCAUUGAGACUCUUCCUUUCCAUGACUGCCUCUGUCAGAUGUUGGAUAUGGUGCGUCCAGAGAUGGGCGACAAGAUAUCUCUAAGGGAUCUGAAGCGUUGCCGCAUGACUCCCAUAUUCUUCGAUACGUUCUUCAACCUCGAGAAAUACCUGGACCAUGAGCAGCGUGAUCCCUUCGCAUCACACAGAGCUGAGGAUGAUGGGCCAGAGUUCUUGCAGGUUUCGGAGUGGGAUCGCUAUGCGGCUGAGGAGUACGAGCUGUUGGUGGCGGAGGAGGGCGGAGCCGAUCACCAGGAUGAUAUGUUCUACGGUGAUGAAGAUGAGCUGUCGAUGGGUUGUGAUGAUGCCUUAGAUUCCAGUCCAGGAGGUGGCCGAACCCUGACCGGAGGUGUAGUGGGUGGUGGUAGUGUAGGGGGAGGCCUCAACAAGCACUCGCCCCUCUCUGCCACUGUCACCAACCUUGCAGCCGACUCCAUGGAUGUGGAUGAUGACUACCCAGAUUACGCAGACUCAGAUGACUACCAGUACUAGAACACACCACUGACAACCGCCCUCAUCAUUGCCAUAGAUGUAAAAGAAACUGACUGAUGAACCGAUUCUCAACUCCUACAAACAGCGGUUCUUGCUGCUCCUGUAAUGGGAACACGUGCAACGCCCCCCAAAGAUUGGAUUAGGGUCCUGGAUGUCACAUGCGCUCUCUUUCUUUCUCUCCCACUAUCCCUCUUGAUGGUUUUCUUCGCAGGGACAUUGGUUAGCCAGAGCAAUAGAAAGAGGUUGAUUUCUAUGAGGUUUAUAGAAUAUUUUAUAUAUGUAUAUAUAUAUAUAAAGAUAUUUGGGUUCUGUUACAUGAUCUUGUUACAGUUGUUGACAUUAAUGUGAAUGAGAAAUAACUAAAGUGUGUGAUUGAUCCACAAGAUUUUCAAGGAGCCGAGUUAUUUUUAUGUUUUUUCUGGCAAAAGGGAAGAAGAGGGCAUGUUAAGGCUCUCCUGCUCUUCCCUAUCAAUGUGGCCUUUAUGUAGGUAUUAAAGAAAAAUAGCUUUUCCUCAAAAUUUUAGGCUGAUGGCACAGCCUCCCAUAUAUUGAUAAUUCUUGAAUUAUAUCUAAGCAUAUUUACUUGUUAUUUCAUCUUUUUUUUUAUUUAUCUUUAUUUUUGGCCUUUUUCAAUCACUAAUCCAGUACAGACACUAGACGUUGUCAGACAGAUUUUAUAGUGUAUGUCAAAAUACACCCUAAAACCUGCAGCCUGAGUUAAAUGAAGAAAGAAAAAUUCUAGAAUGGCAGUUAUUUAUGACGAAGGGUACCUUCGUUUGACAGUGUUUACAGAAAGACUUAAAAAAAGGAUUACAUGAAUUGGCCAUAUAUAUAUAACACUUUCUUUCCAGUUUUUGAUGUUAGGCAGAUUUUCUUGUAGUACGCAUAGCAGCUUUGUAUGCAAGAUAUCUGAUAAGAUGAAUCCAGUGAACCUGCUCCUCCAACAGUGUAAUGCAGCGAUGACAUUCUUCAUCAUGAAACUCCUAACCUAUGUGAAACAAGAACCCCAACCUCACCGCAUGACCCUAACCCCAUCCCUCAUGUGCCAAGAAGCAUGCAAAGCCCUCCAUUGCUUGUGGAUGCUGAACUGUUCUGCGCAGUAUUGAACACUUCUUAAAAGGGCAAAGAACAAGUUCUCCCUAAGUGUAAUGUGCAUGAAUGUCUGAAACCUUGAACCAAAGAUGUACCCAACAAUGAAUCUUACAAGAUUGCAGCAAAGAAUUUUAGUGACUGUGCAUGGAUAGCAUUUGCAACCAACCCUGUUUGUUUCUCAUAUUUCAUGAGACUACUGAUCUGUGAGUGUGUGGCUUAACAGGGGAAAAUGAACACAAAGUGGCACAUGCUGUUUAUGUGUGCGCCUGCAGUGUCAGUGCUAGGUAUUUUGAAACUUUUUUCUCUUUCUUUUUUUUUUUUUUUUUUUUUUUACAAACUUACAAAGUAAUUUUAGAAAAGAUUCCCAAACACUGUGAUGCACCAACCACUGUGUGGUGCUUGCAACCCUCUUUACCUUGUAAUGCUAAGGACAAGUUUAACAAGUUUUCUAGUGAAUGAGCAACUUUAAAUAAAAAACUUGAAUGUGAUCAUAACAACACUGUUCUGUGUAGAUGGUGAUAAUCCAGAGAUAAGGAAUUAUUCAGUGCUUUAAUUUGAACUGCAUUGUGGGUGUCAUUCUCCCAGAACUAAAAGAUGGAUAAUGAGGUAUCUGCACAGGUGACUUUUGCCUCAGAAAUUUGGUCUUCCUUACCUACUCACUGAAGUCCCUCCGUGAAGUGCCUCUUUAUGUAUUAAAAAAUAAUAUUAAUGUAAAAAAAAAAAGGAAUACCAGUUGAACUCUUGGUAGACUUUGCUUACAUAUUAUCUAUUGGUAUGCGUAGUAGUGAGAAUGAGGAGAUCGUCAUGAAACCUUGAGUGGGAGUGGAACAGGUGUGCUGUGUGUGUUAUUCAGCCUGUCCUGUUAUAGCCUAAGGUGAAGUAAGGUGAUGUAAAAUUAUCCUAUGUAGCUCUGCCUGCAAUUUUACAACUUUGUGAGAUAUACAAGUAACCUAUAUACUCCUAUACCAUGUACAUUUGUUAACAAGGUUAUUCACCAGGCUGAGUUCCUUACAGUAAAGCACAAAAAAAAAAGAAAAAAAAGUUGGUAAAUAAAUUAUAUUUAUCAUAUAAA